UCCGCAAUGGCAGUUCGAUUCCUAUUUUCUGUUGAUCAACGAGCGGACUUAUUCGCCCUUAGAAUACUUGUAAACUGAUAAGAAAGGCAUUGAAUUAUCCUUUUAGUACUAUCGGCAUUAUUUGUGUUGAAACAUAUAGCAAACGGUUAAGUAUGGUAGGGCACAGUGGCGAAAUGUUGAUUAGACCACAAUCUUCUCCUCUUCAAACAAAAUCACCACAAUCAGAUUUUCCGGUCUUCAUACCACCCAGAAAAAGACAAGCCGGUAAAAAAGCACCACUUAACAAUCAUGUAGAUCAUAUAGUAAAUUUACAGGGAAAUAAAAAAGACUGGGAUUUGUCAUCGGAGAAUGACGAUAUUCGAAAAAAUAAACGCUGGAACAGUGAAGAAGUUAUCGAAAUCAAUAAUUGCACAUCUAACGGACAGGGGGAUUGUUUGGAUGAAGAUGACGAUCUCAACGAACUGCAGCAAUUUCAUCCCCUGAAAGACAGCUCGACUGUAACACCUAGUAGUAUUUCCGAAAGUAGUCUGGAUAGAAAAUCUAGCAAAUCUCACGAACUGCUGACGGGCAGUGGAAAACGAUCCAAAAAGCGGGUCAAUAUAAGAACAGAUGUCGAUGAAAUUAGUAGCAGACAAUCACCAUCGGCUAUUUGUAAUUAUGAGGAUUUAGAAUCAGGAGAAACCAGUGUGCUGAAUGCGGAAAUUGAUCAGUACAGCUUAGACCGAUACAAUAGCCGAAAUUUGCAGUCUCCGGAUAAUUAUCUAACUUUAACAGGUACUAUCAAACGUGGACGCAAAAAAGGACAAUCCGUGGAUGUGCAAUUGAACAUAUCACGUGAGGAAUUGGAGCAAAUAAACAAACAAGCACUGGCCGCCCACGAAGAGGCCUGUCGUACGAAGCAUAGCUGUUGUCAGUGCACCUUACGUGCUGGGAUUCAUAUUCUACUCCUGUCGGUCAUCAGUUUUCCAUUUGUGGCAUUAACGACCAGUAUAUAUUCAUUUUACAUCGGAACUGUCACGUGGUAUAACAUGUUCACCUAUUUCAACGAGGAAAGAUCUUACCUGCACAAAUUACUCAUGUCACCACUAUUAAUUCUGGCUUACCCGUUGGCCAUAGUUUUGUGUACACUAGGACUGGGAUUCUAUGCCGGGAUCCGACAAGUUACAAUUCACUUUACCACUUGGGUGAACGAAAUUUGCGAUAUCGAAAAAGGAUUCUAUGGAUGGUUGUGUUCGUUUCUUCACCUUUCCGAUUGCAGUCCAUACGAAGUGGUUAUUUUAACAGACAUAUGCCCCUCCGGAGGAACUGGUGCUGGUGCGGAUAGACCGUUACAAAGCGAAUCGACGCAGAUCAACUCGUCUACCGAAGAACUGUCGCUAUAAAAAACGCGGUUCUACACAAGCGCUCCCAACUGACCCUUUGUUGAGUCGAGAGCCACUUUUUUUAUUUUUAUUACAUUUUAUUCUGAUUGAUUCGUUUUAUAGUUGUGACAUCUAGAAUACUAAGUAACUGCCAAAAGCAAUGAAUUUUUGAUUGCAUCAAAGAUAAACUCAAGAUUACAAUGUCCCAUACGAUCCAUCGAAAAAUAUCGGACCAGUAAUCGUGAACCAGUGAACUUAGUAAUAGUGUAGUUUUGUUGACCCUUCGUAAAUAAGCGUCGAUAAACAUUUGAAAAUGACGGUAAAAUUCCAUAGCAACAAUACAAGUUUGGGAAGAAGUAAACAUAUGUAAACAUACCGCACAAAAUAUGUUGUAACAUCCAUUCACUUUAAUGCAUCGUAAGAUAAGAAUAUUGCAAAUUGAACAGAUUCUUAGCAAUAAUUCUUAUUGAUUUUUGUUUUCCUGUUUCAAAAACCACUCGAUAUGCAGCAACAGACUACGAUUUCUAUCAUAUUGCAAUUUAAUGUCGUUUUCGUUUUUAAAUUGCACUACACCGGUGUAGCGAAAGCAGCACUGAAACCGUUCGUUUUUACCAAUUGCACUACACCAGUGCUACACUUUUUCUGCACCGAUACCACUGGUGUAGCACUCAUCAAAAGUUUGGUGUAGCUCUGCGCAAUGGAAUCGUUUAUUGUAGUCAAUGGUUACUGUUUAUGUUUUCGUCAUUUUUGUUCGUUUAUUCAUGCCUCAGUGUAGCACUGCACCGGUGUAGUGCAAAUUAAAAACGAAAACGCCAUAAGAUUAAUUCUACCUAAACGAAAAUUGUCAUAGUUACGACGCAUGUAGCGAUUCGACGCUUGUUAUUUUGUUUUAAAGAAGAAUUGUACUGCAACUGACGGUGAACCGAUUUCAUCGAGGGGUCCUAUUUGAAUAGUAUAUGAAAAAUCAUAGAGUAUUCCAUCUUGAGUUUAUCUUUGAUUGCAUCAAGUGUAAUCUCUCGUUCCGCUCCACCUAAAUUAUGAGAGGGACCAAAUAUAUUUAGAAAAAUGUACCUAGGGUGGAUAUUUCAAAUCUUUACGUUUAAUCGGGUGAUGUAAAUUACAUUCAAUUUAAUUUCAUUCAAAUUUGUACUAGCCAACCUCAACAAGCCAACAAAAAUAUUUUGGCAAUUAACUUAGUCCAUUAAAUAUAUAUUUCAAAUAGCCAACACGGAUUGGGAUUUGAACGUACGGCGAUUCGCUUCAUAGUGCAGUGCCUUUAUUGCUACGAACAAAAUAAUUUAUAUGAAAUCUUCAGCCAUUUAUGCCAUCCAAAAAUGUGCAGAAGAAAUUUUGAAUAUAUUCGAUAUAGUAGCCCUUGAAAGUUUGUAAAAGCUAUUUGUAUAAGGUUUCAGCUGUUAUAUUCGACAAGUAACAUAUGAACAAUUUCAUAAAUUGAUGAGCAUUGGUUGGAGAAAAAUCAGAAAAUUUUGUGUUAGAUGUUUUUACUGGCUGUGCUUGGUAUCUGACUCACGUUCGCAUCUUAUUAGCGAAAUCCAUCUUAGAUAAGCAAAGUCUUGGCAUUACAUUGCUUUGGUAGAAUUUGGCAUUUCUGUUUCAACAGACUUCGCAGCCGAUUCAUAGUAUACAGAAUCAUUGCAUGGCUAGUACUAUGGAUCCUACUGACACUAAGAAUCCUUCCAGGUCGGGGCUCGAACAUACGACAACUGGCUCCAUCUUAGGUACAUUUUUCAUUAAACAGCUGAUUAAUAUUCUAAAUGAAUGUGAUUAGAUUACUCAGCAUUUACAGCAGAAUAAAAGAAAAGCACAACUCAAUCAAACCUCAUUUGUUGAAGAACCAAUCCGAUAUAGAAGGGUUGUUGCCGCUUGAAUAUCAGAUUGAUAUAAGAUUUAAUUUCCCGUGAUUAUGUGCAGUAAUUGACUUUCAUUCGAAUAGGUACAUCCAAAAGCGAUUGCUGCUAAAAUAUGGAGCAUAUAUUUAAGUAAGACUAAACUAUCAAGAAUAACCAGUCUGUUCAUAAGAGACCAUAUCUUCAUGUUCGAAAUGAAAUAAUCUAAAUAGUCAAUGCAUAUAAUCGAAUCGAAGUCUUGAAUAAAUUAUGUAGUGACACAAU